GAUGCCCGCUCAGUUUGACAGCAGGUGAGAAACGCAGCUUGGAGUUUCUCCGCGGACACCAUGCCCUACCUGCCGUUUUUUUACACGGACUUCUUCUACGAACCGCUGACUGAAGACGUGGAGGAGCUGCUGUCCCGCUUCCAGCACACCGACUCCGUCAGGUAUGGGGUCUUCUCGGCCAUCUGGAGGGACAUGAAGUUUUCUGACGUCUUCAUCGGCAUCAGCAUUAACUCUGAAAUGAAGAGGUUCUGCAGGGUAGCUCUGGCCACAGCUGUGAAGUACUUCUUACCUCCGUACAGUUACCAGAUCAGAGUGGGAGGUCUGUAUCUGAUGUUCGCUUUCUACCACACGCAACUGGCCUCCACACCCGCCAAGAUCAGGCUGGCUCUGAAGGACUGGGUCCAUGUUCAGAGGUUCCUCAUGGAGUCUGAGGAGGCGCAGCACCAUGAUGUGGUUUACAUCUAUCACAAGCUUGUUGCAAGCAAAGCUAUCCACUACACGGCCAUGCCUCAUUUCUUGGUCUUCCAGAAGCAGCAGAAGCCUAAGGUAUGCGCAGAGUUCCUGAGCAGGACAGCUGCACUAAAGGAGCUUCAAUCUACAGACAUCCUGGAAGAGAUGGCAGGCAUUCAGAGCCACUAUGAGAAGCUGAAGGAGGCCACCAUGGAGGUCAGCUUCAAGGUCAACAUGACUUAUCCAGACUUCACUUCUGACAUAAACAAAUGCAUGUCUGAGUUCUUUACAUGGCAGCAGAAUGCUUCACCCAAAGAGAAAAAUGCUGGUGCUGAUGGAGUCGAGGAAACCCCUGAAGAGUAUUGCAGCAGCAGAGCCAGGCUCCUGUCUUCUAUCAAGCAGAAGAGCUACAGCAAUGUCCAGAAGGCAUCCAAGUCCAGGAGACACAGAGGUGCAGAGAAGGUGCAGGACUAUUCCAGCUCAGGUGGGGAGCAGUUUCAAAACUCUUCAGGGAGGAAGUAUGUCUCUCUACGGGCCCGGACCUGGGAGACCCUGGGGGGGAAGGAUGGGAAGAGCAAUGCCCAGGCCUGGCUGCUGAGCACCCCUGAGCAGCUAGAUGGAGUUUCUUUGAAGAAGAUGAACCAGGCUGCACCAUACAGAGAAUAUAAAGUGAUGAAGGAGGCAGGGUAACUCUGAACUUUGGUUUGGUUAAAAAGUGAAGUGGUUUUAUGUUAUUUUCAAUGAAACGGUGCAUGGCACUUUCAAAUUUUUUUGAUCAAAGUCUUUUAAGAUUAUGAUUUAAAAGUUGAAGAAUAAAAUUCCUUUUUUUUGGGA